UUUCUAUCCUUACUGACCUGAGAGCCUGAGCCAUGAAAAAUGACGGGCCCAUCCUUUAUAUAACUUGACGGGUGAUUAUGUAGCAGCGAAGAGGACUGUCAGUGUCAGAACAUCAGCAAGGAGACUUGACUAAUUCUGAUGAUAUCCCUUUAUCAUUGCAAAGGAGAUAAAAGACAUCACGUGCCUCGGCUGCGGACGUAAGCGCUGACGCCAUUAGUGCAGGCCGUGUCUUGAUACCACAGUCGGCACUCGCAUCAAAGCUGCAAGCACGAUCACCUCCGUUCGUCAACUGCUGCCUUCAGUUGUUAACGCGAUAUAAUCUGACAAGCGCUUCAAAACGAAGAACAAAUGCACAAUUCGCAUUUCGCAUUUCGCUGCUAUCGAUUGCAUUGCCUCUCUUCGCAGCGCUAUUACACACUGCCCACACCUCUGACAGCCGCGACUCUUACAUGUUCUCCCGACUCGCAGCGGCACUCCAAGGCUCGUCGCUAGCGCCUGUGAACAUCCUCUCUCUGCCGACCGUACCAACAACGAGCAUCGCUCAACAAGCCCAGGCAUCGCUGUCGACAAUGUCUUCCACAUUGCCGCAGGUGGGAACCUUCGCUAAUGGCUGCUACUGGGGUACCGAGCAUAUCUUCAGAGAGCACUACAAGGGUAAGGGGCUAGUGGACGCAAAGGUCGGGUUCAUCGGCGGGAAGGAAAGCAGCAAGAACCCGUCCUACGAGGAAGUCUGCACUGGGCGUACCGGGCACGCCGAGGCGUGCCAAGUUAAGUUCGACCCGAGCAAAGUCAGCUAUGCAGAGCUCGUCGAGUUCUUCUACCGCACGCACGACCCGACUCAGAUGAACCAACAAGGGAAUGACCGUGGUACGCAGUACCGCUCGGCGCUGUUCCCGCACGAUGUUGAACAGCUCGAGAUUGCCAAGAAGGUCACACAGGAGGUACAAGAGAAGCACUUUACAUCCAAAGGACAGAAAAUCGUCACUCAGAUUGACCAGCGGCCUGCAGAUCAUUUCUUCGAAGCGGAUAAAUAUCACCAGGAAUACCUAUACAAGCAUCCUAACGGCUACCAAUGCGCAAACCAUAGGCUGUGGUGGUAGGCUUUGAUGUUAUCGUAAGACGGGGCACUCGCAUUUCAUGAUUUUCUGGAUUAGUG